CCAAGUUAAAAGUGCGGCGAUUAUUAUAGUUUGAUCAAUAUUUAUAAUGAUAAUAUUCGUUGAAGUGAGUGUCUCGCGUACUCAAUGGAAGUCACUAAUCGAGUAAAAUGGAAGGAAUUGUUGAUUAUGAAUAUUGCUACGAAUGUGAUGAAUCACGAAAAAUUCCAGCGGUAGAUGAUGAAGUUAGUUAUGUAUGCAGCUCAAUUGUCGAAUAUGAUCGAAAUAUCAACUUAAAAUGUUAUCGUUGCAAAAGUUUACAAGAAAACCCUUCCUCAGACCCUCCAAGUCCCAAUUUCAAAAUAAUUUUCAACAACGGUCUUGACACUGUUUUAUCUCUCCAAAACUGCUCAUCAUCAAUUAAUUGCGAUUUGUCUCAAAACGACGAUGACUCCUACAACUUUUGCAUCACCGCUUUUUGCAAUUCCAAGUCCAAGAUCGCCAUCAACUACGCGAAUAACUUUGUUUUAGUCUUUUGUUUGUAUUGUUCCAUUGAAUUUAUCAGAAAAUAA